GACUCCUCGAGCGACAACAGAAUCUUUCUGACACCCGCGUCGCAAACGAUACGCUCCGUCGAGGAUAGAGAAAUUCACCUGAACCCCAUGUCCCAUACCACAUCCAGUCGGGCUCCCGCCGACAGCUACGCGGGACGCCCACCAACUCCUGGAAUGGACGACUCGCCUUAUAUUCAUUUCGCCAUUAGCCAGCUGACGCGUGAUGAGGAAGUGGCGGGCCCCAGGAGGAGAAGUUCGAUCGUGAGCCGUGACUCGCCCGCUGAGCCUCUACUUUGGGACGAUGGCUUAGGCUGCUUCAUCCGCUCACAUGGACCUUCCUCAACCCCGGACGUCAGACACCAGCAGAAAUCUCCUAUCUCCGCAAGAAGGUCGCCCCAGAAAUCGGUUGACCCAGAAUCUUUCAUCCCAGUAGAUCCCCCAGAGGAAAGCCUACUUUACCCUGCGCUGGACUAUGUGCCUUUUGUGUUGCGCACAUGGGCACUGGCCACCCUCACGAUUUGCUGCUUGCUCAUGAUCGCCGGGAUUAUCUUCUGCAAUGUUUGGUCCCCAAGGCAUCAAGGACUUUGGGAUUACGAGACACAAGGUGGUGCCCAUUACUUCGUCAUGCAAUUUCUACCGCAGAUUUUCGGUAUGAUUAUCACCAUUUGGACGUUCGUGGUUCAAGCUGCCGUUUACCGCGUCAUGCCUUUUGCUAUCAUGGCAUCGGAGCGGCCGUUCGAUCGCAUUCUUCAGAGGCUGCCAGUCGUGCCACGCAACUUUAUUUUGCCUGACUUCUCACAUUUUCGACAUGGCGAAGCCCUGGUUGGAUUCUCCUUGCUCUUGAUGUGGCUCUCGAAUCUUAUCGCAUUGCCGCUCCUGAGUUGUUUGUUCCAGGCCAAGUGGUAUGAAAUUGACGGCCAAGGCACGUGGCGAUGGGCCGCCGUUUUGGCUGUGGGCUGGACGCUGGUGGCUAUUUACGGAUUGAUGACUAUCGGGCUGGUUUUGCUCAUGCUUCGCUUUUUCCGUACAUGGUCAGGCUUGAUGUGGGAUCCUGUUAGCCUGGCUGAUCUCAUUUCGGUCAUUCAACGGUCAAACAUUCUGCACGAUUUUGAACAGUCCGAAACAUUGCCGCAUGUGGGGGAUUCACUCGACCCCCGAUUCCUUCGACUGGGUUACUGGCAAUUAUCAAGUCGCGGCGAGUUCUUCUAUGGUAUUGGUGAGGCUGACGCCCCGAUCCGAACACCAUCUCUUCACCACCUUGAAAAGAAUCUUCAGAUGCAGUCACACGGUCUGUCCAAGGUCUCUGUUGAUCUUGAGCGCCAGGGUAUGGCCGAAAAGGGCGAAUACCACGAGAAUCUAUACGCUCCUUCUGUUCGCUACCGCUGGAUUCCAUGGUUUCUCAAGGACACAUCCGUGAUAGCUUGGACGGUCAUCAUAUGUGCUUUGUUCGUCGCUUUUGUACUGGUUAGCUUUAUCCAUGACGCGAUCCAAGGAGGCUUCCCCCCACGGUUGCCUACAUUGCCUUCCACCGGCGGCUUUUCGUCUUCCAAUUUCUGCUACAGCUUUGUGCCGGCUCUGAUCGGAAACGUCUUUUUUCUCGCAUGGCAGCCCAUCGACGUCUUCUUUCGUGCGUCGCAACCCUUCGCUUCGUUGUCGUCACCCGAAGGUGCACGUGCAGAGGAGAGCCUGCUGCUGGCGUAUCCGUCGUGUCUUCCUUUCCAGGUGACGAUCCUGGCGGUCGCCAACAAGCACUACAAAGUGGCCUGGAUCUCAUUCAUGAGUAUUACGUCUGCCGCCAUUCCCAUUCUCGCCGGGGGCGUUUUCAUUGCGUUGAACUAUCCGUCCGAACAUGCAGUCAAGAUUGCAGCAUCGAUGCCUGCUUUCUACGCGAUGGUGGUAUUCUGUGCUCUCUAUACGGUGUCCUUCUUGUGUAUCUGGCCUCGCCGUCAACGCUACCUGCCUCAUGAUAUCAGCACGCUGGCCGAUUUGAUCAGCUUCCUCUACCAAAGCCCCCUCCUCGCGGAUAAAAUCUUGCGCGAGCCUAGGAGCAAAACAGACCUAGUCACGCGACUGGUUGUCGCACCACCUGGGGACCGCGAGCAUUCUGUGUAUGGCUUUGGGAUAUAUGUCGGCCGCGAUGGCAAAGAACAUCUGGGAAUUGAUCGCCUUGACCGCCCCGGCCGGACCGAUAUGCUGAUUAACACAGAAUAUACGAGGUAGUCCGGUUGCUCGCACAACAGUUGCGGAGUUGACGAAACCCGGACGGGCAUGCACUUGAUUCCUGCGCUCAAUCCGCAGCUCCUUCCUUUAUGCAAAUGAUUCAUGUAUUAUGAACGAUCGAUGAACUUACGGAUAUCCAUAUAUGUGUUACGGUGUUACGAGCCCAACUUUCCGCCCGUUAUGAUGGACUACUUAAUGAUAAUGAGACAUAUUGAUGUACUGAUGUAU